UCGCGGCGAAAACAUAUGUAAACAAAAGUGAAAUUUGGGGAAAUUGCGUUCUUGUACAAGAACAAGUAUUUUUAAUUGUUUAAAGCAAAAGACAGCGCAUUGGAAAUAAGUUUAAUAACAUUUGGCUACCGGGAAGCGUAAGUUGUAAAAUAGUCUAUAUUUUAACUGUAAUCCAACAAAGAUAACCGGGGAAAACAUGGACUGCGCACCACUUAAUUUGGCCCACUUCCACGAGCGAAGAUCGGAGCGGUUUAUCCGGAACCAUCGCUACGAGGAGGCCAUAAAAGCCCUGGAAACCUCGCUUAUUUACAUGCAGGAUGCCCAAAAACGGGUGGCUCUGCCCAAAUCCAAGGAGGUUCUGGACACAUUGACCCUGGAUUUCCAGCGAAAACUGCGCCAAAUUGAGAUGAGGAAGACCCAGCACGGCUUGAAUAAGCUGAAGGACUUUGCCCCUCUGAAGGAAACCAGUCCCAUGUUGCCCCUCCGGCCGGAAAACGGAGCCAGUGGAUCUGGAGGAUCUGCGCAGUCGGUGGCCAAGGCAAUUGACAAAACAGUCCAGGAUUUCGAUGCCAGGUUUACCUCUUCCUUGGUGGCAAGGGCGCCCAACUUAUUGGCCAACUCGGAGCCCCAAAUGGAGACGCUGAAGGGGAGCGAGCCUGCCAAGGAUGAGGAUGAUCGAGAAUCUUAUAAUCACCGGCUGACGGGCAGCGGGGAUCUAGACCUGCCCUCUCUGGCUCCCUUGGAGUUGCCCUCCUUCGAUUACAGCCUGUUCACCAGCUCGUCGGCUCCUUCGCUGGCCAGUUAUGCUGGCAUGGCCGAGAGUUUCCAGAAAUAGAAGUGGGAUCGAAGCUUAAAACCCAUAGACUUUGUUUAAAUUCGGGAGAUCUCUUUGUAACACAGUGCCCCCUGAGUCCAAAUUUAAUUAAGCUCUAAAGAGGUUAUACUUUUAGGUUUACGUGUUCUGAAUUUUGUUCAAAAUUGAAAUGUUGCUUUAAAGUAAACUAAAUUAAAUAGAAUUUAGGUCACUAUCAGGGAGUAUAUUGAUUUGUGAAUAAUUUAACAUUAUUCAAAAGUGUGCAAAUAAAUAUUUAGAUAUGAA